GCCGUGUUGACGCAGCCGUGGCUGUGGAAGCGACUGUGCUCCUCUGACAGCGUCCAACACUCUUCUUCUUCUUAACUCAGUCUUCUUCAAGACUCUCUUUCUUUUGGUCGCAUUGCGAGUGACAGUCCGUGGGGGACGGAGACACCUUUCAUGCAGCGUGAACCAUCGAACUAUCGAUUCCAUGGAAGUCGUGGACAGCCCGCUCAAUCUCGCUCAUCAGCAGUGCAGGAAGGCGGACCGGUUGCUCGUGGCCGGGAAGUAUGAAGAGGCCAUCUCCUGCCACGGAAAAGCAGCAGAUCUUUUGACAGAUGCAAUGAAGACAACAGAGUGUGAGCAGGCCCGUCUGUCCAUGGAGCUGCAGAGGGACAGUCAUAUCAAGCAGCAGCGGCUGAUCCAAGAGCGCUGGAAGAGAGAGGUGCGACGCGAGGCGACGAAGGCCCGAUCUGGUCAGGUGCAGCCCUCCAGCGGCCCGGCCAGCCUCACCCAGACCCAGACCACGGGCCAGCUCCAGCCCCACGGUUCCCCAGGGCUCUCAGAGGGUGCAGGAACCAGGGAGAGAGAGUACGACACCUUGCUCUAUCAGCUGCAGACUCGGCAGACUGGAGGCUGCCAGCCUUUGACUCCACCGUGCCCCGGAUCUAAGACCACCAAAAAUGACAAAACUCGCCUGGAAGAGCAGCAGACCACCAUAAAUGACCUGCGGCGCCUGGUCGACCACCUGAUGGACGAAAACCAGCGUCUGACGACCGAGAACAAGCGGCUGCAAUCGGAAAACGGCCAGCUGCGCGCCGAGGCAGUUGAUGCGGCGGACUUCGUGGAACGCUCUGAGCUCUGGGUGCUCCCGCAAGCAGGCGGCGCUAUGGGGACCGGGGGCGGGCAGGAGAGGAAGAGCACGGGCAAGGGGAAGGAGAUCGCAAUCCCUCAGCUGCCCCCGCUGGAGAUGCCGGCUCAGGAGGAUCUGUGUCUGGACGACCUGCCUCCUCUGGAGCUGCCAGAGGACAUCCAGAAUGAACUGCAGGAGCUGCUGGACAGGGAUAAACUGUGAUGAGAGACAUGUCUCACACACAAACACACACAACCAGUUUGGAGUCUGGAUGCCAAAAUUGUUUGACAUCAGUAAACCACAGGCUCCGUCCGAUCAGACCUCCGCUUAAAGGAGGACAGAGCUGUCAUGGGAAUUCCACGACUUCUCUCUGAUUCGAGAGAAACCGGUGCCACAAAGCUAACCACAGUAAUCAGGUGGAGAGAGUGAUGACACCUAUACCACUAAUACAAUCUAAGAUAAAGGAAGCGUUUAUCCACCAUGUCAGUUGGAACAUCGGUGUGAUUGCGAUGGAUUUUCUUUUUUAUGUUUAUUAAUUUAACAAAAUGUUUUUUUGGGUCUGCAAGUAGCCAUUAAAUAACUCUGAACAGCUUAGGCAGCAUCAUUUCAUUGUUCCGAAGCUAAAUGAUAGUGCUUUUAUCUAUAGGUCGGUUAUUUACAUGAUAUUUUGUGCAAGUGUCAGCACAGUAGCCAACAUCCCUUUAAAAGCUGCUGGAAAUAUAUUGUACUGAGCAGAAAGGUGUGUGUGUGUGUCUGAUCUGAGUGGUAGGAACAUUGGAGGAACACAAGCACAUGUAGGCCAAUGGCUGCAGAGAUUGAUGAUCAUUUGUUGGGUAUUUAAUUUGAUGAACAUUAAAUAAACAACAAUAUUGCAUUGUUUUCUUAUUA